ACCGUGUUUCACGCUAUUCUAUCUACCGUUGAGACAUUUUUCUCAGCCCUCUUUAUUUGUUUAUUAUCCAUUCCCGCCACAGAGCAACGGCGGAGGCUUUUGAUACCUUGCUUCGGAAGUUACAAAGGUAUGUCCCUCAAGGAUCAUCUGUUGCUGACUUGUAUGCAGGAGCUGGUGUAAUUGGAUUAUCAUUAGCUGUGACAAGAAAAUGCAGGUCUGUUAAAUGCAUCGAGAUUAACAAAGAAUCAAAACUAUCCUUUGAGAAGACAGUUGACCGCCUGCCAAACUUAGUAGAUAGCAGUAUCAGCUGGCAUCUUGCAGAUACUUCUAAAGUUGAUGUACUUGUUGUGGAUCCUCCUAGAAAGGGACUGGAUGCAUCUCUUGUUGAUGCAUUGCGGAGUAUAUCUUCAGCCGAGUAUAAAGCUAAGUCAUCCUCAGAGAGUUCAAGCUCAAAAGAAAAGGAUGAGAAGAGACCAUGGAUGCUCCGUGCAAGAGAAGCUUCACUAGUUCAUAUUGGAAGCAAAAUAACUUCAGAGGAUAGCAAAACAUUGCCUCGAACCCUUAUUUAUAUUAGUUGUGGAUGGGAAAGCUUCAAAGAGGAUUGCGAGUUGUUAUUGUCUAGCAAGGCAUGGAAGUUGGAAAAAGCCCACGGAUAUAAUUUUUUCCCUGGAACCCAGAGCAUCGAGGUUUUAGCUGUGUUCAAGAGGGGCCAAGGUGUCAGCCUAAAGAAAAAGAAAUUAGGAAAGAAGAAGAAGAAACGCUUGUGAAGAAUUUUCAAUGUUGUAUUUUGCUGGGGUUAUUACUAGAAGAAGAGUAGGAUAAUCUAUCUAGUAGAGUGAGAAAAUAACAAAACCAAUACCUCUGUGUUGUUUUCCCUUUUGAAGAAAGGAAUUUUGUUCAUCAUCAACUGAGACAUGUGUGAUAUGAAUAGUUACAAGUGAAUGAAAUUGCAGAUUGUUGUGUUA